AUGACCUCCUUUCAGGAAGCCAGGGCGUCGGUCGAAGAACCUACCCUUGCUAAGCUAGUCCUGUGGCGAGGCGAUGAUGAAAACGGUACAACUGUACUUGAAGAUGUUUUCCGUGAAGUCAUCGUUAUAUCUGAUGAUGAAGACGAUGAACGAGAUGGUGAAGAGCAGGCGGCGGAAUUACCACUGCCACCUCCACCACCUCGCCCUCAUCAUGAGAUCCCUAGAGAAAGCAUGGAGCUAGUUUCCAGGAAUACCACAGAGAGGCAGGUUCCACUUAAUUAUGGAACUCCGAGGGACAGCCACUUUGCUACCCGUUCUUUCGCCCCACAGAAUUCCAGGCAAAACCCUUCUUCUCCCAGCGUGAUCACUAUUGAUACCCCUAGCCAACAUUCUGAACGGAGAACCAAUGACCACAGAGGGUUCCGCAGGUACGAGGCAUGGGAUCGAGCAAGAACUCGGUAUAGCCAUCUUGUAAACGGAGCUGCUGCCCCUGCUGUGCCAGAACAACGCUCUCCACGGUACUCACAAGCCAAACCACGGCAGGGAUUCCCUGGCAGGGGGGAAGACCACCGAACAUUCCAAAAACUCCGACUGAAACUGCGCCGGAUCCUCUCCGCUUCCGUCCCACUGCCAAUAGCCGCAAGAGCUGAGUUCUGCAGAGAUUGCAGAGAUUGCAGAAGCCGCAGAGAUAGAGGCACAGGUUCGAUCGCCUGGUUCUAG